AUGUACCAAUGGCCGGACCCGCUGGAUCUGCCCACCGCUGUCGAUGAGAACCUGCACAGCUGCAUGACCCACGCAAAACCCUUCCCGCACCCGACCCCAACAACGAAGACUGCCUACACCGAUGCAUCAUUCGAACAGCGUGUCAUCUCCUACAACGUUCUCAUGGGAAAUGUCUGCAAGAAGCAACGCGAUGCGAUCAAAGCCGACCCCACCGGCUUCCUCGCGGUCGUCCCCUACGGGGCCGGCAACUGCUACUUCGAAGACAACCCCCGCGCCCACCUCGACAUCCAGGACUUCGUCCGGUCCCUCAGGUUCCUGAGACCGACCACGGAGGAGAUCUCAAAGUCCGUGCGAGAGACAAACAAGGACAUCAGGGACUGCUUCGGGAAACCGUGGACCCUCUUCCUCCAUGGCGGCUCGCAGUGUCUCCGCAAAUUUCUGCUCUACCAACAGACCUUUGCCAUCUCCGAGCGCAUUGCCUUCAGUGUGGUGCCGCUGGACCCAAACAUCUUCUCGUGGGCCAUCUGCAACCUCGUAGGAGACGGGAUCACCCCAACGUUGAAGGACACCAUCCUAGCUGGAGUCAAACGAUGGCUCUGGAAGGACGACGCUUUCCGGGCGCACAUCGACAAGGUCUUGGCCAGAGAAGGUGUACCAGGAUCAGUCAACGAGCAAGUCCUCUACGUCACAAACUCGUACACCCUAGUCCUCAUCCACAAGAAGGACGAGCGUGGGAACCCAGCGGCAAUCGCUCAGCUACGCGGCAAACCCAUCACGUCGAACAUGGCCAACCACCUCACGUACCUGCAGCUCGUCUGCGACGGCAACUACUGGAUCGCACUGAACCACCUGAAGACCCGUGGCCAAGGGGUAGAGUGUCAGCUCUGCAAGGCAGACACUCACCCCACGUGGGACUGCCCCCUCCAUCAGACCCCAGGAUGGUACGGACCAAAGUACGAUGGAGCAGAAAGGCACGAAGACCAAGCAAAACGCGCCCGAGACGACGAUGGCUUCACAACGGUGACUGCGCAAGGAUCGAGCAGCAGGGGACGAGGUUGCGGCGGACAGAGAGCGACGCGCGGCCAUGGAUACUAA